AUGGCCUCCACUCUGAAAGGACUAUUGGGACUCAAUACCUCCAAGAACUCAUAUUCCAUCGCCUCCAAAAAGUCCCCACGAAGAGCGCUCCCAGCCAACUGGUACACGUCGCAGGCUCUUUAUGAACUUGAGAGGCGAUCUAUCUUUGCCAGAAAAUGGCUGCUCACCACGCAUUCCCUGCGCCUGCCUAAACCUGGCAACUGGCUACGCUACGAGACUGCAGGAUGGUAUUUUUUUCUCUUUCGAGACAAUAACAAUGCCAUAAAAGCAUUUCACGAUGUCUCGGCUCACGGGCCCGAGGACCAGAUUGACCAACCUGAAGACUUCAUCGACCAGGGGUAUGCAAAUUCGAGCCCAAUCCACAUCCAUAUUGAUUGUAAUGGCUUUAUAUGGGUUAACCUGAAUUCCAACGAGGAGCCUGAGAUUACGUGGGAAAGAGACUUCAAAGAUGUUGACCUCCAGCCUCGCUUCAGCGACUUUGACUGGAAUGAAUACGCAUUUAACCAUACAUGGGAGAUGGAUGGCGCAUAUAACUGGAAGGUAUUAGCCGAUAACUAUAAUGAAUGCUAUCAUUGCGCCAUGGCCCAUCCGGAUGUGCAGUCCGUCGCGGAUCUGAAUUCGUAUUCGGUCGACACCGUCGAUGGAAGCAUUAUUCACCUUCCAGCGUCAACGCCAGAACAAAUCAAAGCGGGCUUGAAGGUCUGUAGCACUUAUUACUUUCCAAAUGCCUCAAUGACCCGAUUCAUUCCGACUUCACCAAAGACUUGUCAGAUGCGCUAUGAAGUCUUUCGGAAUAAGCACUCUUCUGACACAGAAUUCAUUUUGGUCAGCGACAUGUUCAAGCGAAUUAUGAACGAAGACAAGCAUCUCUGCAUCGAGGCACAGAAGAAUCUGAGCUCGGGCAUUUUUGUGAACGGGUUACUUCAUCCAGAGAUGGAAAAGGGACCGCUAUACUUCCAGUCUGUGGUCCGAAAUAUUGUAAAAGAGCAUCACAGACGUGAGAAGGAAGCUCGACACGAAAUUUGGGCUGUUAAAUGA